AUGGCCGCUGCAAAGCUCGACACCUCUCUCCCGACGCUGCUGUCGAACCUGACAGCAUCGCUCACCUCUGCCGCCGAGCCGGUACCUUCUCCCGCCGCGGACGAUGACACAUCAGACUCGCUCCAGCCCAAGGACGGCAUUUCGCUGCUGGAUGUCAAGAACGAGCUGCUGCUGUCGUACCUGCAGAACCUGGUCUUCCUGAUCCUGCUGAAGCUGCGGAACAAUGAGAAGACGGGCAACAAAAAGCAACAAGAUGGGGGAGAGAGCACUGAGGAUGUCGUCAAGAAAUUGUGUGAGCUCCGGCUGUACCUAGAGAAGGGCGCGCGGCCGCUCGAGGGCAAGCUUAAGUACCAGAUCGACAAGGUGGUGCGGGCGGCAGACGAUGCAGCGAGGGCAGAGGAGGCGCUGAAGAAGGCCGGCACGCCUGCGGGCAAGAAGAACAAGAAGAAGGCAGAGAAGGCAAACAGCGACGAUGAGAGCGAAGAAGACGAUGAGGACGCCAGCGGCAGCGACGAAGACGAGGACGACGAAGACGCCUCCGACAUCGACGAGCUCGCCUACCGCCCCAACCCUCUCGCCUUCGCCCGCGGCAGCAACGCCGCAGCCGACACAGACAAGAAGAGCAAGAAGAAGGACGAACCCAGCGACGGCAUCUACCGGCCCCCGCGCAUCACCGCGACCGCGAUGCCAGAAGACCUCCCACGCUACGGCGGCCGCGACGACCGCGACCGCGGGCCCCGCCGCGCCGCCGCCAUCGACGACUUCGUCGACGAGCACCUGUCGACGGCACCCAUCGCACAGCCCAGCAUCGGCUCCAACGUCGUCGACGGCGGCCGCCGCGUCAAGUCGGCGCGCGAGCGCGCGGACGAGGAGGAGCGCCGCGUGUACGAGGAGACGAAUUUCGUCCGCCUGCCAAAGGUCGGCAAGAAGGAGCGCGCGAAGAACGCGGGGCGCAACCGCAACGCCUUCGGCGGCGAGGAGUGGCGCGAGCUCGGCGCCGGCGUCGACCGCAUCGACCGCUUGACGCGCAGGGGCGAGCGCACCAGCACCAAGAGCGCCCUCGAGAAGAGCAGGAAGAGGGCCGUCGACGACGGGCCCAGGGCGAGCGGUGCAGAGGCCGGUGCUAUGUUUGCGAAGCGGAGGAAGGUGGCGCAGAGGAGGAGGUAG